AAGAAAUAGAGAAAAAGGCAGUUUUCCCUAGCCCGUGAUUUGGAAAAAUUCUUUUUUUAUCGUUUACCUAGAUAAAAUAGCUAACAGUAUCGAUAUAUUGUGUUCAUAAAAACUGUCAACCUCAAUAUUGGUAUAUUAUUAAAAAAAUAAAUAAAUAAAUAGAUAAAAGCCGUGAAAACUGAUUCAACAAGAGAAUUUAAAAGAAAAAUGGUGGAUACUGGUUAUCUUUUCAAUGUCGAUGGUGGUUACCUGGAAGGCUUGUGCCGUGGUUUUAAAUGUGGUAUUCUGAAGCAGACAGAUUACCUAAAUUUGGUGCAAUGUGAGACUUUAGAGGAUUUAAAAUUGCAUUUACAAGGAACGGAUUAUGGUACUUUUUUGGCUAAUGAACCGUCUCCUUUGUCAGUGUCUGUCAUUGACGAUAAAUUGCGUGAAAAAUUGGUUAUUGAAUUUCAACAUCUACGCAAUCAUGCUGUAGAACCAUUGUCCAGUUUCUUAGAUUUCAUUACUUAUGGGUACAUGAUAGAUAACAUAAUAUUGCUAAUAACGGGCACUUUACAUCAACGCCCAAUUUCUGAGCUGAUACCCAAGUGCCACCCUUUAGGCAGUUUUGAACAAAUGGAAGCCAUACAUGUGGCUACAACACCAGCUGAAUUAUACAAUGCUGUGUUGGUGGAUACGCCUUUAGCACCAUUCUUCGUCGAUUGCAUUUCCGAACAGGAUUUGGAUGAAAUGAAUAUUGAAAUCAUACGUAACACUUUGUACAAAGCAUAUUUAGAAGCGUUCUAUGAUUUCUGUAAAAAUUUGGGUGGUUCCACUGCCGAUGUAAUGUGCGAAAUUUUGGCUUUCGAAGCCGAUCGCCGUGCGAUCAUUAUAACAAUUAAUUCAUUUGGGACCGAGUUAUCCAAAGAUGAUCGAGCAAAAUUGUAUCCGCGUUGCGGUAAAAUGCAUCCUGACGGUUUAGCUGCCUUAGCUAGGGCUGAUGAUUAUGAGCAAGUAAAAACUGUCGCUGAAUAUUAUGCCGACUAUGCUGCCUUAUUCGACGGUUCCGGCACUAAUCCCGGCGACAAAACAUUGGAAGAUAAAUUCUUUGAACAUGAGGUCAAAUUAAAUGUAUAUGCUUUCUUGCAACAAUUUCAUUUUGGUGUAUUUUAUGCCUACCUGAAAUUAAAGGAACAGGAAUGUCGCAACAUUGUAUGGAUUGCCGAGUGUGUCGCCCAAAAACAUCGUGCGAAAAUCGAUAAUUAUAUUCCGAUUUUUUAAAGUGCAAGCAUACGUUUAAAGGCUAAUCAUAUAUACUGUUGCUAGUUAAAAGAUAUGACCAUGGUUCGAGGAAAGUAGAAAAGAUACGCAUAAAAUGUGAAAAACCGUAACCGUAAAAUAAAAGAUAUUCA